UUGCAUGGUUUGCUUUGGGCUUUCUAGAUUCGAGAUGCCUUACAAUAUAUGGUGUGGCGGAUGCAAUUCCAUGAUUGCCAAGGGUGUGAGGUUCAAUGCGGAGAAAAAGCAAGUGGGAAAUUAUUAUUCCACAAAGAUAUGGAGUUUCACAAUGAAGUCGGCAUGUUGUCAGCAUGUAAUAGUCAUACAGACAGACCCAAAAAAUUGCCAGUAUGUGAUUAUCAGUGGAGCACAGCAGAAGACAGAGGAUUUUGAUGUCGAAGAUGCCGAAACAUUUGCCUUUCCAGCAGAUGAAGACAGAGCCAAGCUGUCAGAUCCCUUCUACCGUCUUGAACAUCAGGAAGAAGAUAUACGGAAAAAGAAAGAAGCUGAGCCAGUGCUAGUUCGCCUCCAAAAAGUUUCUGACAGUAGGCAUUCUGAUGACUACAAUCUUAACAGAGCCCUCCGUGCUCGCCUAAGGGGUCAGAAGAAGAAAGUUGCUCAAGGAGAAGAGGUUUUAAGAAAGAUGGGCCUUGGGAUCCGGCUUCUCCCUUCAUCUCAAGAGGAUGCAGCAAGUGCUGCUGGUGUGAGAUUCUCCUCCAAGUUUGAGAGGAACAGGAAGGACAAGCGAACUGCGAUCAAGGCAUCUUCAAUCUUUGGAGAAUCAUCAAGCUCUGCAUCUGGAAGUAGGCUACUGGAGCUUGGGGCAAAGAGGAGGAAGAUAAGUGCCAGUGCUGCGUCAGUCUUAUUAGCAGGGAGGAUUAAGGCUUCAUCAUGGACUCACAAUCAGAAUGGUGUAUCUGGACAUGAGAGAAGAUCUAUAGUUACAAGACAGAGAUGAUAUCUUGAUCAUAUUAUGUGCUCGUGUGGAAGGAGUUUGCUUUUUCGUUAUUUUGGUUUAUGUAUGUAUUACAUCGGUUUGAUGAUUUCCUCUCUGUAAGAUCUGAGAAGUGAUAAAUGGUGGUGGCUACGGGUGGGGAGGGAGGAUGUUGUCUUGUUGCCGUGCUCCCUCUGGGGUAAAAAUCUCAUAUUGAUUUUCACUUUCUAUAGUUUGUGUUUGGUUCAUAUUUCAA